GAUAACGACCGCGAUGGCUAACAUAACGAGAUAUAUACAGCGUAUAGUAUCUGGACCAAAGCAGAGGUUCAAGGAUCCUGAGACUGAUACUGAUUUGGAUCUCUCCUACAUCUCUGAUAACAUCAUUAUAAUGGGAUAUCCAACGCCAGCGAACAACUACCAAGCUGUUUAUCGUAAUAAUCAAGUGCACGUACGCAAAUUGUUAGAGAGCAGACAUGGUCGCAACUGGCGUAUAUACAAUCUCUGCCCAUGUCACGAGAAUAGCUACGAUCCUUCUUACUUCUAUAAUCAAGUCUCCAGAUAUCCUUUCCCUGAUCACCACGCUCCUCCAUUACCACUCAUAAAAGUCGCUGUAAGAGACAUGAAGAGCUAUCUCAGUGAGAACAAAGAUAAUGUCGUCGUCAUACAUUGUAAAGCAGGGAAAGGCAGGAGCGGUACGAUGGCAUGCUGUCUUUUACUUCUAUUAGGCGAGCUACCACCGCCUAGUCGACAUGUAUCCAAGAAAUCACGUUCAGAUGUACCGCAGCCGGAGAUAACACCACCAAAUUUGGAUCAUUUAGACCCAAAACGUGAAGCUAGUACAGUUCAAAGGUUGGUAGCACCACAUGUGGUACCAUCACCAGCUUCCAGUACAUCACAUUUAACAACAACAGAAGAUCUGCCACCAGCACUACAGAGAGCUCAAGAUGUAAUUCAGUUGCAUACACAUCGUCGUAUGAAAACCAAACAAGAUAGCGAAGUAUCAAAAUGGCGCACAGGUGUUAGUAUACCUUCACAACGUCGCUUCAUUGAAUACUACGCGAGAGUUUUAGCAAGGGAAAUCCCUCAGAAUAACCAUACUGUUAAUGUUACUAAAAUUACUGUACGUCUAACCGAGAACUUUGGAAUGAUAGGGAAAACAAUCUUUGGUCUUGCUAAUACGCGUAUGGGUCUACAUUUCGCCAAAUAUAACGACGAUUAUGUGAAAGCAUUAGAAGAUGGUGCAAAAGAUAACUCGUUCAAGGUUGUCGAUGAUAAGUGGGAUAAACAAAAGAUGGUCACUAGAUUCGCAGAGACUGAUGAGUAUACAGUUGAGGAAUGUAAUGAUGGCAUAAAAAUCCUAACUUUCAAUCCAAAUGUUACACUAACAUCAAGCAGGGAAUGCAGAUUGCGAUUAGUUUUCGGUCAAUUUUCAGUCGGAUGGAUUUGGUUUAUUCCUGGAUUUCAUAUCUUCCCUCUAGUCCUAACAAACGAACAAAUAGACUUUACAAAAGGUUCGGUAGUUGGAAUUUCUCUUGUUGAUGUCAAAUUGGAACUAACUUGAGGAUAAAAAGACUAGUACAGUACACACUAAUCAAAACUAUCUUUAAUACAAUGUAUGAAAUAGAAUAAGCUAUGAUAUGAUGAUGACUUUUUAAAUUAAAAAGAAAAGCUUUGAAUUUUGAAUGUUUAUUUUGAUUCCUUGUUGGCGUCAUUUGAGCCAUUGUCUAUUGUAUGUGAUGAUGCACUUUGCUGAGAAGGUUGAGUUGAUUGAUUAGAUUGACCUGAGUGACCUGAUUUAGCUGCGAUUUCUUCGUUGUACUUUGAUGCUUCAACUGGAGUGGCAUUCUCAUCAAAUUGAGGAUCUUCUGCAGGUGGUAAAGAGUCUAUAUCAAUAGUUGACUUUGGUGCAUCUGGUAAAACCCAUUUCUUCCAUACGCCAUGAGCGAGUCUAACUUUACCAACAGGAUUUGUGUUACUAGCAAUGAUAUCGAUCUCCUUUUGUACUUGAGACAUAUCGAGGGAUUCCUUUUGUAAAACACCCUCUUCCUUUUGGCUUGGCUCGGCAUUUUCAGCAAAGAAGUAGACUUCAACGAGAUGGGACAUUGAGAAAACAUCUCUCAACAAGUAAAGGUCGACUGACAAGGCUUUGACCCUGUUGAAAGUGGUGAAUACAGGGAUGUCUACCCAACCAUCGCUGUCCAUUUGUUGACGUAAGAAGAAAUCUCUAACUAAAUUUUGUGUUGUGAAGUAGUAUUCUAAUUGACCUAAUAAAUAAAACCUGAGUGGAUCUAAUGGGUAGUUUGUAGUGGUGAUAGGUGUUGGCAUAGGCAUUGGUGCGUAAGUGUGGCCUGCUUGAGUGUUUGGUGCGCCGAACAUCUGGAAGGAGGAAGGCAUAGCAGGUACGACAGGUGCGAAAUUCUUCUGGUUCUUGUCGCUAGUCUUGCUUGGCUUUCUGUUCGACGACUUUCUUUGCUGCUGUUGUGGGUUUUUUGACUUUGUGGACUUGUUGUUUGCACGCUGGCUAGACUUGUUGGCAUCACUACGCUUAGCCUUAUUUGACUUUUUGUUUUGGCUUCUGCGAGAUUGUACAGGUAAUACUUCCUCAACUGGGACGGUAACCCAGUUCUUCUUCCCCCUCCGCGUACUAUUAGAGUCAGUUGGUGUACUGCUUUGUGAUUUUUCCUUGUUCGUCUUCUCUGCCUCACGGUCCCUAUCCUUAGCGUCUGAAGCAGAAGGCCAGGAUUUCUCAUCUUUAACAGGCAAUUCCUGUGGUGCGGCGACAGCUUGUCUGCUUUGCCAGACGUUCGUUGUCAUGUUGAUUGACUGAUGAAGUUGCGAGUU